ACAUUUGAAGUUUGAUGGAUUGCGUUUCGAGAUCGGGUGGUUGCUUCAUCAGCUUCGCAACUUCCUGGGGUAAAAGUCAUCCACCGGAGGAUGUUCUUGAUAAAAGGAAAGGUUCAUUCUGGAUUACCACUGGUCUGUUUCCGCAAAUGUUGGUUAUAUCACUCGAUCAGCCAAGGAAAGUCAGCCAAAUCAAGAUUGUUACUAGCAGGGUCAAAGCUCUCUGUUUCAAUCUUCUCAACCUUCCGCUCACAAACAUUUCAUUUCCAACUGGUGUUACACACACUGCCUAUAUCUGCCGAUAUAAGUAACAUACAUCACAAAGGUAAUAUUUAUAAGGAGAAUCCAAAGUAAUCAGCAACUCAGGACAGAAGCGUAUCACCAGCCCCGAGCACGUUAUUCCACCAGAAUCAUCGUUCAAAACUAUCUAUUUGGUUAAACGAGUGUGAUCAAAAGAUCAAACCAAAAAGUUUUUCACUGCUGAUGCUUUAGAAAUUCGCUCAUUCAAGUUCAAGUGCAAAACAACGUGUGUAGUCUCGUAUCCUCCCGUGGCUAUAACAUUCCUUCUAAUACGUCUAAAUUUCGUGUUUUAUGAUUACGUUUUACUUCGAUAAUUAGUAACCAGUUGUUAUCUCAACACAAUUUUUUCUAAUUAUUAUUCAACCGUUAUUAUCACCUUUACAAUUUUUAUUUCUUCGUUAUAUCCAUCAAGUGGACAAUUAUCCCACUUAUUUCUGGCCCAUAAACUGUUUCAACUUUUAUAUUGUUCGUUAAACCCUGGUGUUAGCGGGACAUAGAUUGAAUUAAAGCAUGCUCAAUGUACGACUGUUUUGAUGCACGCUGAUUGGCUAAUUCAUAUCGAAUCAGCGCUAGUCGUUGCUUGGAGAACACUAUAAAUCUUCUCAUGUAAAAACUAUAAAUAUACUAACGUUUUUCCUAUUGUGCUUUUUUUACUUCCAUCUAAUGUUGUUAUUUGAAAUAUAAUCUCUUUCCUGUUCAACUGUGUUCUGAUUUGGGAACUUGUUGAGUGAAUCGGUGUCCAAAAAUACUAAGCAAUAGGAAUAGCUGGGUUAUAACCAUAAGAGAGAAUUAUAACACUUGGAUAAUACUUGAAAUCUCCAAAUACUUCAUGAUAUAAUUUCUUUUCACAAUUCUAUGGACUCACUUUAUUUAUUAAAUCAUAAUAAAGGCGACCGUAAAGAUUUUGUAAAAAUUUUCCUUUGCUGAAUUCCUUGAUUAUUUGUUCAUUGAACUUCAC